AUGGAAACUGGCAAUGACCGCAAGGCCCGGUUUCUAGGCAUCCCGAUGCCCGGAAUCGCACCCAGACGGAGUAGUUGUGAGGGGUUUAAAUACCACUUGUGGUUGCCAGCGGCUGUGGGCAUCUUGUUUGUGGGUGUUCCGUACUCUGUCUCCCUGGCUGCCCAGUUGAUGCUUGGCUUGCCCAGCAAACCUGGCUAUAAAAAGUAUUUAGAAGCUGUAAAACCAAGACGGAUUUACGGUAUUACAAAAGCUGUGUUGGAGUCCCUCAAAUGCCUGCAGUAUGGAAGACUUUACUUACAGCUGAAGUCAUGGUACGAGAAUGACAAGAACAGAGCGCAUUAUGAAAAGGGCAUCACAUUCGGUCGCCGUGGGAACAAGCUUGACUUGUACCACCCUCCCGGAUUUGGAGAUAAGACAGCACCACCACCGCUGGUGGUAUUUGUCUACGGUGGUGGUUGGUCGUCCGGGGAACGACGCGUUUACUGUUUGCUGGCCCGGCAGCUGACUGAAGAACUCAAUGCGACUGUCAUUUGUCCUGACUACACCACAUAUCCAAAGAUGAACGUUUUAGGGAUGAUACAAGAUAUUGCAGAUUGCUUAAUUUGGACUCAAGAGAGUGGCUCAAAGUUCAACUUUGACAAAGAUAAUAUCAUAUUGAUUGGCCAUUCAGCAGGUGCGCAUUUGUGUGUACUGACCACACUGUUUCUCAUCGACGCUAGGGAAGAGCUUUUCAUCGAAGCAAGCAAACAGCGGGAUUUAGUUUCGGUGAUCAAAGGCAUCAUCGGUCUCAGUGGUGUGUACAACAUCAUGGAGCAUUACAAAUAUGAGCAGGAACGAGGAGUGGAAUACGUCUCGGCUAUGCAUAAAGCCAUGAACGGAGUGGAGAACUUCCCGUAUUACUCACCCACUUACUGGCUGGAGAAGUUUGACCAGGACAAACUGAAAAGAGUGCCUCCACUCACUUUGAUCCACGGGACCUGUGACAUCAUGGUUCCGGCGGACGCUUCCACCAAGUUCUCCGAGCUGCUCACCUCGCUGUCCUUGAAGGCGUCGCUCUACUUGUUGCCUGCCUUAGAUCACACGGAGAUGGUCACCGACCUCAUGUCGGCCGAGCGACGCUUUUACCAUGCGGUUUUCAGCUGCAUUAAACAGGAGUACCGGAAACUUGUGAUCUAG